AGGCGACGCCGAACGCGAACGCCGGCCCCCGGCUGCCAGCAGCGGGUAGACCCGAAAAGGGCCCUCGGCGGGCGGGACCGAUCUCGGCGGGCGCGGGGGCGCUGGACAGGGGUGCCAUGGAGGACGACGAAGAGGAGAUCACCGCAGCCACGCUGCGGAUCAAGCCCCGGCCGCCGCCCCUCUCGGCGCUCUCCGCCUUCAGCUACGUCCCCCCGCGGCGCCUGGACCCCAAGGAGCACAGCUACUACUACCGCCCGAGCAAGACAGGAAUCAUUUCACUGUACGACUGUGUUUUUAACCAGAGCCCUGGCUACAAUCAGAAGCUGCACCGAGAUGACAGAGAACAUGCAAAGAGCCUGGGCCUUCACGUGGACGAGGAGGAGCGCCAGCGGCCCGUGGGAGUGCUGACAUCCUCUGUCUACGGGAGACGCGUCCACCAGCCCGUGGAGCCCCUGAACCGGGACCAUGGCCACGUCAACCACAUGAAGUCUGACUUCUACCGGAAGAACGACAUCCCCGGCUUGAAGAGUCCCAGCUUCGGGCACGUGUCUCCGGCCUGACGCCCCUGCUGUGGCCUGGACGGCAGGGGGACCAGCCCUGCGGCGAAGACCCUGACCGGAGGCCUCCGAUCCCUGUGACGACCAUGUCGCGUGAUCGUGUCCACUGAAAUGACGCUGGACACUGAGCCACGGUGCGCGCGUGAAUAAAAGGUAAACUGUUCCCACUG